AGUUAGAUCAAGACGGAGGCGAAGUGCUCAGUACCCGGAAGAAAAGCCGCCGGAGUAGACAGCGCAGGGCCACCGCGUCCAAGCUCGGAGCAGAAAAAUGGCGGAAAAGGCAGUGACCAUCCGGACCCGUAAAUUCAUGACGAAUCGCCUUCUCUCAAGGAAACAAUUCGUCAUCGAUGUUCUCCACCCUGGAAGGGCCAAUGUUUCCAAGGCGGAGCUGAAAGAAAAGCUGGCAAGGAUGUAUGAAGUGAAAGAUUCCAAUGCCAUAUUUGUUUUUAAGUUCAGGACUCACUUUGGAGGAGGGAAAUCAACUGGGUUUGGUUUGAUCUAUGACUCUGUUGAGAAUGCCAAGAAACCCAAGUAUAGGCUCAUCAGAAAUGGGUUGGCCACUAAAGUUGAGAAGUCCCGAAAGCAAAUGAAGGAGCGAAAGAACAGAGCCAAGAAAGUCCGUGGAGUGAAGAAGACCAAGGCCGGAGAUGCUGCGAAAAAGAAGUAAUGAUUAUGUGGCAAAGGAUUUAAGCUGAAUCUGGAAAAGAAAUAAAAUGCCCAGACUUUCUCUCAUUAUGUUUUCUUCCUUUCCAAUGGAUUUCCCCCAAUCUAUCUUCCAUUUUUGCUGAAUCAAGUGUAACAGGGUUA